AUGGCGACGCCGGGGGAGGAGUUCAAAGGGGACACACGGAUGGUCGGCGGCGGGACAGGGCCCAGACAGAGUUUUUCACGCAAAAACUCUAAAAUCUCUUCUUUUCGCCCCAAAGGGGCUGUGGCUGCCCUGGUGGCGCUGUCCCUUGUCCCUGUUGCCCGCCCCGCGUCGCCCUCCUCGGAACAUUUCUGCCUCGGAACGUUUCUCUUCAAGUUGCGGUUCCCGCCCGGCGCAGGGAGCGCGGUGGGAAAAUGGCGGCGCCCAUCAGCCGGGGGGAGCCGCGACUCCGAGCCCGGCGCGGCUCCCUACGGGAACUUCCCGAAUUAUUCCCGGUUCCACCCGCCCGAGGAGCGCGUCAGCCUCCUGCCCCACGGGCUCCUGCGCAGCCUCUUCCCCACGGCCACACGCCCGCUCCUCGGGCUCGAUGUGGGCUGCAACUCCGGGGAGCUCAGCGUGGCUCUGUACCAACACCUCCUGGGGCUCCAGGACGGCGAUUCCAGCCCGGAGCCGCCGGGAGCCGAGAAGGAGCUGAAGCUGCUGUGCUGCGACAUCGAUCCUGAGCUGAUCCGGAGGGCUCAGCAGCGCAGCCCCUUCCCUGCCUCCAUCUCCUUUGCCAGCCUGGACAUCAUGGAUUCCUCGGCCAGGGAGCCUUUCCUGAGCUCCUACCUGCAGCGCUUCGGCCGCUCCUCCUUCGACAUCGGCUUCUGCAUGUCCGUGACCAUGUGGAUCCACCUGAACCACGGGGACAGCGGUUUGCUGGAGUUCCUGGCGCUCCUGGCCUCGCUCUGCACCUUCCUGCUGGUGGAGCCGCAGCCCUGGAAGUGUUACCGGGCGGCCGCGCGCCGCCUCCGCCGCCUGGGCCGGGACGACUUCGAGCACUUCCGACGCCUGCGGAUCAACGGCGACAUGGCCGAGAGCGUCACGCGCAUCCUGACGCGGGAGUGCGCCAUGGAGCUCGUGCGCUCCUUCGGGAGCACCGCCUGGGACAGGAGCCUCCUGCUCUUCAAAGCCACCGGUGCCCGCCCCCGGGGCUCCCAGUGAGGAGCGCACCCGUGGGCUCGUGGAGGAGGAUCUGGGAAUUCUGAUGAAUUUCUGUAAAAACUGAGGUUUGGGGUGACAUCUACAGUUCUAUUUUUUGUCACUCCAGAAAGGCCAAAUUUCACACAGAAUUGCAUUUGGACUGAUCCAAGAACUUCCAGUUCCUGAGGUUCAAAAGGAGCCGCAGGAAGGAAUUUCGUCCAAACAUCCCACUGGCCCACUGGAUCUACAAUGGACUUUGAAAUCUUUGGAGGGAUGUUUUCUGGAAUCGGCCAUUUGCUCACUGGCAACCCCACUAAACAAGUUGAAAAAGGUUUCCCUGGUCUUGAGUGAGUCAGGCAGAUGGUGUCCAAACCUGAUGCAUUGGCUAGAGUUUCCCAAACAUUCUCUUUUGGUUGAGCCACGGGCAAAACUGCCGCAUUGCUCAAGGCAACCAAGGAGAGAAUGAGGCACAAGGAUAGUUCUUUCAUUUUCAAUGCCCUCUUUGACAAUGCGUCCUUGUCAGGGCCAGGCCUUGGCCUCCCGUGGGAAUCCGAGGAGUGUCUGUGACUGAUUUUUUUUGGGGGGUGGUUUUAAGCAGUUUUGUGGGGUGUGAAGUUGUUCGAGGAAGGGCGCCUGGAAUCCAAGUUCCUACGUGUGGUUUCCGUGUGCAUUCCCUGGAAUAAGAGGGAAUGUGCCCAAGGGAAUGUAGAAUGUCCUGACUGGAACGGCCUCAAAAGGAUCCUCGAGUCCAGCUCCUGGCCCUGCACAGGACAUCCCCAAAAAAUCCCACUAAUGCCAAAAUCCUGAUGCCCAAGUUGUCCAGACAUUCCCAGACGUCCAGAAUCAUGGAAUAUCCGGAGCUGAAAGGGACCUAAGAGUGUCACAGAGUAAUGGAGCAUCUGAAGUUGGAAGGGACCCAGCUGGGUCAUCAAGUCCAGCUCCUGGCCCUGCACAGGACAUGUCCAAAAAAUCCUACUAAUGCCAAAAUCCUGAUGCCCAAGUUGUCCAGACAUUCCCAGACCUCCAGAAUCGUGGAAUAUCCGGAGCUGAAAGGGACCUAAGAGUGUCACAGAGUAAUGGAGCAUCUGAAGUUGGAAGGGACCCAGCUGGGUCAUCGAGUCCAGCUCCUGGCCCCGCACAGGACAUCCCAAAAUACCACCCAGUGCCUGGGAGUGUUAUCCAAGCACUCCCUGAUGUCCACAGCUACGGAAUAAUCAGAGCUGAAAGGGACCCACAGGGAUCACAGAGUCAUGGAAGGAUCCCAAAGAUCAUCAACUACACUCCUGGCCUAGGACAACCCAAAAUCCCACUGAUCCCAAAAUCCCAGCACCCUGAGCUCUGGCCUUUUAGGGCUGUCACCAUUCCCUGGGGAGCAGUUCCAGUGCCCAGCACCCUCUGGAUGAGGAGCCUUUUCCCAAAAUCCACCCAAAACUCCCCGCAGGACUCAGGGGAGGCACCUGCAGGACAAUCCCCUCCCUGGGGCCGGCACCGCUGCCUCAACAAUCCCAGGACAAGAGUUCAUCCCUAACGCUCCAUGCUCCUGCUGUCCCAGGAAGGUGUUGGGGCUGGAGAGGUGGGAACAGCGAUGGAAGAGCCUGGAGGAGAUCCCAUGGAUCCCAGCUGCAGUAAGGAUCUGGAGAAUUCUGUCUGUUUUUAGCACUCUGCAUUUCCCAUACAGCUGAAAUGUGUUCCCAGUUUUCCUGAGGGUGGGACAGAGGGAAAUUCCAGCUGGGGGUGAAACCCACUCCUGCUUCUGGGACAGCAGCAAAGCUCUGCGUUGCUUCCUCGUGGAGGAGGAAUGCUCAUGGGAAACUGGAGAUCCCGGGCUCAGGGAAUGGCUGGGGUGGGAAGGGACUCCAAAUAUUUCCCCAUGCCACCCCUGCCAUGGGCAGGGACACCUCCCGUUAUCCCAGGCUGCUCCAAGCCCUGUCCAGCCUGGCCCUGGACAACCUGGCUCGGUUUCCUUGAGGGACCCCUGGGCUUGGUCACUCCAGGGUAGCUGGAGCAGGGCAGGAGAGGGAUGUCCCUGAUCCCAGGAUGGGCCUGCCAGGGCUGGCUGCUGCUGCUGCUGGGGAGCUGGAGCUUCCCUGGGAGAGCAGAGCUCCCCUGGAGCAUCUGGCUGUGCCUCGGGAAUCUCCUGAGCUCCGAGCUUUGGGAUUGUUCCCGGCCUCCAGCCAGGUCUGCCUCGGUUUUUGCAUCCCCAGGAUGGGUUUGAUUCCCUGGUGGGGAAUCUUGGCUGUGGGAUUGCACUGCACUUUUUGGGUUGGAAAACCUGAGGAGCUGAGCUGGAGCUGUGCCCUGUUCCAAUAAUCCCUGCAGGGAUUAAUUAGUCCCCUGCUGUGGGCUCAUUAAGCCUCCCCCUGCCCUCACUCUCCCCUUCCUUGCACGGAAGAAUCGAGGCAGGGCAGCUGAAGCAUCAAGCUCCAGGCAUUGGAGCUUCCACUUCCCAGGUAGUUCUGCAGGAGCUUCCAGCCCUUGGAGGCAGCGGGAUUGGGUUGGAGUCAAUGAAAUCCUUUUUUAUUUUUAUUUUGGAUUUCUCUUUACUGUCACUCCUGUCACACUCAGUGUCACCUCCUCUAAGGGACACUUUGCUGUCUCCCAGAUUCCUGUGCUGGAUGAGUACAAGGGACACAUUCCCAGGGGAAAAUGGAGUGUGGAACUCCAGGGCCCAAGCAGGAACUGGAGAGUGGCCAGAGGAAACAACCUGAGAGCACCAAGUGUCCUGGGGCUGCUCCUUUCCACAUCCAGAACUUUCUGAGGCAGCUGGAGAGGGAGUCCCCACCCCUGGAGGGAUUUCCCAGCUGUGUGGACGUGGUCAGGGUGGCCUUGGUCGUGCUGAGGGAUUCCAUGAUCUCAGAGGGCUUUUCCAACCCAAGCCAUUCCGUGAUUCUGUGGCCAUUUGCCGUUUCCAUGGCUGCUUUUCCUGAGCCCUUGGAGCAGAAGGAAUUCUUCAGACUCCUCAACUCAGCUGUGAUUCCUUCCCGUUCCUCCACCCCUGGCCCUGGCAGGGAUGAGUCCCUCCAGCAGCCCCUUUCCCAGAGCUCAUCCAGGUUUUCAUUCUCUUCUUCCCAAAUUUACCCCAUUCAGAAGUUUCUGCGAGCUCGCCCUUCCUAGAAUUGGGUUGGACUUCAGCAAAUGGAAUUGCAUUUCCUCACGGGGAAUGUCCAAGCCAGAGCUGGAUCAUAUCCAUAAAAGGCUUUCUCGAGGAGUUUGUUCAGCUGUGUUUGUUUGAUGCUGAGGUGUGGGCAGCUCCCACCCCAUGGAGCUCCUGGCUGGGAAAAUCAAUGGCAAUUCUGUCACUGCUAAAUUGUGGCUGCCCCAUCCCUGGAAGUGUCCAAGGCCAGGCUUGGGCAUGGCAAAAAAAUGGAUCAGUUCAAGUUCCAGAUUAAUCCAAGCAGUGCAGGAGUGGAGGGACCCACAUCAGGAGCUGGGAGUUGGCAGCAGCUUCCUGGGCCUGGGAACUUGUCCCUGCAGGUCCCAGGGCAGAGGUUUGGAUUUCCUUGGCUCAGCUCAGGGCAGGUUCCUUCUUGCUCCUCCUGUCACUUUGGAAUUACAGAAGAAAAGGGAGAGGUGGCAACUUGUGGAAAUCUGGGAAUCUAAUUCUGGAGAGCUGGGAAAAGAGCAGUCCCAACCCAGACACACUUUGGGAGUUUGGCUUUUCCCUCCUGGACUGGAGAGGGAGCAGAGCCCUGGUGGGAUCUUGGUGGGAAAACCAACCACAAAUCCAAGGCUGAGGCUGGGGUCACUCUGGACAUUUGCCCAGAGCAGCUGUGGCUGCCCCAUCCCUGGCAGAGCCCAAGGCCAGGCUGGAUGGGGCUGGAAGCAGCCUGGGACGGUGGGAGAUGUCCCUGCCCAUGGCAGGGGUGGGAUGGGAUGGAUUUGAAGGUCCCUUCCCACCCAAACCAUUCCAGGAUUCCCAGACGUGCUGCGGGCAGUCCCUGCUCCGCUGGGUUAUAAACGGAGAACUCGGCUCUUCCCUUCCUCAGGCUGUCAGUUCUGGAAGUGGAAGUGCCUUGGCCAUGAACCCUCGGGUUUAAUUUCCAGGUGGGAAGGGUUCCUUGGAGUCUCCAAGGCUUUAUCCUCCCUGGUCCUGGUGGAGAAGCUGGCACGUUGUGGAAGCUUCUCGUGGAGCUCCUCAAUCCCUCGCCGGGAUCUUGUUUCAGCACCUCAGCUUUCCCAUUUUAUUCACUUAAGGAACAAACUGAGGCAGGUUUGGUUUCCCCUUGGCACAGAAGUCCCUUGGAUCAUGACAGACAUGAUCUUUGCCACCAUUUCUUAGCCCAGGCUCAAGUCCUUGGAAUGGGUAAAUUCAGAGCAUCCUUGUUCCCAUGGAGCUGCGCCCACUGGAAAGAGCCACAGUCGUGAUCUGGGGUGGGGAUCUGCUUCCAGGGACUAUAAAAUGCUCUCAGGCCUUAUCUCUUCUGACCUGACAAUCCCAGUUCAACCAGGAUCAUAAAAUGCUUCUCG